AAAUUGCACUACCACAUCAUACCAGCAUCUUCGAUUAGCAGAAAGCCAAAAGAAAAGACAGUCGGAAGAAAAAAUAUAAAAAAAAACAUGAGUUCGAAGGAAGCCCCAGUCAUUACAACUUCCCAUGAAGAUGAAGAAAUUUUGAAUGCCUUUGAGGUCCCCUCAAUGGCUUUUGUUCCCAUGGUCUUGAAAGGCGUCCAUGAGCUGGGGAUUCUUGAAUUGCUGGCCAAGGGUGACCAGCUCUCUCCGUUGGACAUCGUGGCCCGCCUCUCUAUCGACAACCCGGCCGCACCGGACACGAUCGACCGGAUGCUGCGGCUCCUUGCGAGUUACUCCAUCUUAUCGUGCACUCUCGUGGAGGAUAAAGAAGGCCGCCCCCAGAGGCUCUACGGCCUCGGGCCUCGGAGCAAGUUCUUUUUGGACCAGAAUGGAGCUUCUACUUUACCAACUCAUAUGCUACUCCAAGAAAAGACUCUCCUGGAAUGCUGGAACUGCCUUAAAGAUGCAGUUAAGGAAGGAGGGGCAGAUCCUUUCACCCGCAGGCACGGCAUGAACGUGUUCGACUACAUGGGCCAGGACCCGAGAUUCAACGACCUGUACAACAAGUCGAUGAGGACCGGGUCGGCGAUUUACAUGCCCAAGAUCGCUCAGCAUUAUCGUGGGUUUUCAAAGGCGAAGACGGUCGUCAAUGUGGGCGGUGGCAUCGGCGAGACCCUGAAAACCAUACUCUCCAAGAAUCCCCACAUCCGCGCCAUCAACUACGACUUGCCUCAUGUGAUCGCAACUGCUCCUCCCAUUCCUGGUAUUACGCAUGUUGGAGGAGACAUUCUAAAGUCCGUCCCUAAAGCGGAUGUCCAUUUCCUGAAGUCGGUUCUCCAUCGCGGGGAUGAUGAGUUCUGCGUGAAGGUGCUCAAGAAUUGCUGGGAGGCAUUGCCGCCGACGGGGAAAGUGGUGAUCGUGGAGGAAGUGACCCCGGAGUAUCCUGGGACCGACGAUGUCUCACAGACCACGCUCUUGAUGGACUUGAACUUGCUGAGGACAACCCCCAGCGGGAAGGCCCGGACGCAGAGGGAAUUCGCGGACCUUGCACGCGCCUCGGGGUUCCAUGCCCCAAAAUACGUUCUGCGCGUGUACAACCUGUGGUUGAUUGAGCUUCACAAGAAGAUGUGACGAUCGCAAUGGUCGAUAGCUUCUUCUCAGUUUGAGGAUGGCUUCACUACGUUAACAGAUGCAUUACUUAUGGUCGGAGUGUUGGUGGUAAUUUGAUGGAGAGACGCCAUUGUCUUAUGUUGUCGACAAGCAGUGGUUUGGUCCUUCCAAAUAAAAUAAGAAUUUCCCCUUUCUCUUUUCAAUUUAGGAUGUGUGUCUUAGCGACAAUUCCAUUCUCACCAAAUAAAUCUAAUAACUGUGGUUGUAGGUGUCA